AUGGCGAACGAAAGGAAAGUAGAGCCUCGUCAAAGACCGAAUGGCGCACAACCGCAGCCACGUACCAUUCCAGGAGUUCGGCGACCAAACAUUGUCGCGAAUUCCCGUCCAGGAGCACCAAUCUUUGAGAGUACAUUCACAGUUCCUGUGACGUCAACUCUGCCACCAAAACGUGUGCGAGUGAGAACAAAACAACAUCACCUCGUGUCCAACACACCUGUGGAACAAAAUCGACAACGAGGCAUCGCGACUGAUCUUCGAUCGGCUCCCACAUCGCGACUACAGACUCCAACUGUUCAACUGACAGUAAAGAAAUCAGCUGAAGCACAGCCGUUGAUCGUGAAGGGAGGCAUCUCGCUGGCGCGAGGGCACCAAAAGCAGCCCAAUGCAAUUGUACGAACACUAGCGCCACCAUUAACGCCAAACGGCGAACUUAAAGUCGUCAAACCGUCGCAACGAAGCUUAUUCCCAGUUACGCAAGAUAGUGAAUGGGAUCAUAUUCGAGCUGAAUUUCUGCGGAUCAAACGUCAACAUAAAAAGCUCUACGAAAUGCAGCGAAAAAGUCGGGAGCAAGCCAGAAUGGCUGGUGUUAAGACUCUGACAGCGGACUCAGUUGACAAGUCUGUAGAGAUCCCUCGAUAUCGAAAUCGAAAGACAAGCAGUCGUAGGAUAAACGAGAGGCGAGCAAAGGCCGAGAACGGGAUCGUAACCGUAGAUGUAGACCGGUCACGACGUACGGUCGAUCGGGAUGUUGCAGUUCGUCGUGUCUAG